AUGGCUCUCGACGUACAAUCCAACUGGAACGUCUCCAUGGCGGAGAACCUCGAACGAACAAUGAACAAGCCCACGAACCACGACAGAAUACCACCGCCCUCGAACCCCUCGGGCCACCCAACCACCGUCUCUCCACCCCCUCGAGGCCCACCCAUCCACCUCCCCGACGAAAUCAUCAUCGCCAUCCUCUCCUACCUUCCCCACCAACGCACCCUCCUCGCCUGCACCCAGCUCUCCCACCAAUGGCACGCCAUCGCCACGCCCCUUCUCUAUGCGCACCCACACCUGUACGGCUCCAACUACGACCCCUUCGUCGCCAGUCUCUGCCCGAGCAUAAACCCGCACGUACGUCGCUCGCCCCUCAGCUCGUUGGUCAAAGUGCUGGAUAUGCGCCAGCUGGUGCAUCAAGGGAGUAAGAGCACGACGGCCAGGGUGUUGGGGAGGGUAAAGGGGCAGUUGGAAGAGUUUCGGGCGCCGCAGGCGAGUUUGGGGAUUAAUUGCCUGCCGGCGCUGGGGAAGUGUGGGAGGUUGAGGGUGUUGGACUUGGGGCUCGUUAGUGAGAGUCCGCCCUUGCUGGAGCUUUUCAAGACAGUGGGAGGAUUAGGGGAGUUGAGAGUGUUGAAAUUGCCACGGAGUAGUGGGUUCGGGGUGCAGAGUAAGGCGUCGGCGUUCGAGAGUGUGCAGUGGCCGCCGAAGCUGGAGGAGCUGUGUUUGAGUGGCGGGAUUGAUGCGCAUUUCUUGCAUGGGGUUGUGGCGUUCCCGAAGACGCUGAAGGGAUUGACGAUUGAGCAUUGUCCGAAUGCGAAGGGGUUUGCGGUGACGCAUUUGCUGAAGACUGCUGUGCAAGGCCUGGAGGGUUUGGAGUGGUUGAAGAUUGCGCAUAUGCCGCGGCUUGGUGGGAGGGCGUUGGAUGGGGUGUUGCAUUUGCUGCCCCAGCUGAAGAAGCUGAGCGUGAGUGCGGACUACAUUACCCCUGGCGUCUUUGAGGAUGGAUUGCCAGAAGCUCCAGCGUCUGGCGAGAUCGCACCGAACUGGCUCCCAGAAGCCGCUGGUCCUUUGGUCCAUUCGAAUCUCCGAACGCUGGAGCUCACCUAUUCCGGCGCCCCAGCAGGAGUAGAGGACAAGAUCACAGCCAUCGAUAUCAUGAUCGCCAUCGACGACGGCUCCGUUCCGAAUCUGCGGCAGGUGCGGGUUGACCAGGCUUUGCUGUGGCAGAGCGCAGGGAUGCGGCAGGAUGUCGAGGCCUUGACGGAUGUGCUGCAGGAGGGUGCGAGGCGGGAUUGGGAGAACGGGGACUGGAUCUUCGACGGGAUGGAACGGGGGAAGAGUGAGCAGAGAGAAGUCUGGAAGAGGGAGAGUGGAGUGUGGAUCUUCUGA